AACUGUAAUGUGGGUUAAUUUUCAAAGGGAAUAAAAAAUGCUUAAAAUAAAUUAAAUGAAAAAAUUGUCUAAGGUAACAUUUAUGCUAUCUUGAUUCUUGAGGAUGCUCAGAGCUCAGUAUCCACUUCAGCCUGCAAGAAAAUAACAUUUCUAGAAGUUUACAAGUUUUCAGAUUUCAUUAACCUGAUAGCUUGUUGACUUGAUAUCCACUAUUGUGCUUACAUCAUAGCCUUACCUUUAUAUGGAUAAAAACUUCAGCUAGCCACUAGCUAGUUCAUUCAGGCCCAUGAAGGAAUUACAUCAUCACACAUAACAACAGUAACACACUUGCAAACAGUAUGAUUGCCAGCUACCAUUUAACAUUAACAUUAUUGCUCAGCUUCGACUUUAACAUUACACUAUCAGGAUGUGACACUAAUGACGUUCAAAAAUGUGAGUGAAGCACUGCAGAAUUUUGUACCUUACCCUAAAUGUAAAAUGGCAUAUCUAACAAUCAACAUUCAUUGACAGGUUUUGGCUUUUUUACACAUUACCCUGUACAGUCUGCUUGAUUCACAGAGUAGGUUUGAGUCACAUGAGUCCCUCUGGCAGAUAGAUGUUUCUGAAGGGUGAAGGAAUCGUUGAAUUGAAUUGUGGGCUGAUUACUAAACACUGUGGGAAUAACAAAAUCUUAGUGUCAAAAGAAUAAGAACAAUAACUCGAGUCAAAUGCAGGAUAGCCCUUGUCCAUUCCCUUCACACCCUGUCUGCAGAGCAGAAACCACUUCAGUUCCCAUACAGCGUCAGUCUUAUCUCGUUUCAGUCGUCGUUUUAAAUGCGUUUCCUGGAAUUUUAAACAAUGAAUUAAGUUGCUGUUGAGCGAGUUGAACGGGAUCCGGUGUCUAGCGGAGCCCCGGAAUAUUCACAGCUCUUCAGACAGGGCUCGUAUUAGACGACGAGCGCGCCCCCCCCCCCCGCCCCCAAGGUAACUAAAGGUGACCGGGGAGCCGCGAUCACUGCUCACUAUAAGGUGUUGAAGUGGAGCGGCAGCGGGAGGACCGGCUUGACGUAGGACUGCUCCGGACACUGCAUCUGCUGGAAUAAGCUGAGAGGGGUGCUGGGGGGUGGGUGGGGGGAUCUGUGUACCGACAUCUGAGUGCUUGGAGACUGCAUGUGCCGCUCCAUGCGCCAGCCUCCACUCUUCAGGUGAACAUCUCGAACACCCACAGGCUGUUUUUUUCUGCGUGGCAACAUUUUGAUCCAGUUUAGUUUUGUCACACUUCGCCACCGACACUUGGAUGUUGAUAAAACGACGCGCACGCGUUGCUCUUGGAAUAAUUUCGCAGAGAUCUUGAGUCAAAGUCGUUGACAGGAUCGGAGUUGGUGAUGUGGACUACUCUGGACCGCGGAUGCUUGGGGAUCCUCUGCUUGUCCCUUCUGGUGGCUGUUGUCUGCGGGGCGCAAAGCGCCAACGAACCUAGCAACAUGUCAUAUGUGAAAGCCACCGUGGACAAGCUGCUGAAGGGCUAUGACAUCCGACUGCGGCCUGAUUUUGGAGGCGCCCCCGUGGAUGUUGGCAUGAGCAUAGACAUAGCCAGCAUCGACAUGGUGUCUGAAGUCAACAUGGACUACACCAUCACCAUGUACUUCCAGCAGUCCUGGAGAGACAAGCGGCUCUCUUACACAGGCAUUCCUCUCAACCUCACCCUGGACAACCGAGUGGCAGACCAGCUGUGGGUCCCUGACACCUACUUUAUUAAUGACAAGAAGUCCUUUGUUCAUGGGGUAACAGUGAAGAACCGAAUGAUCAGACUGCACCCUGAUGGGACAGUGCUCUAUGGUCUCAGGAUCACUACGACAGCUGCCUGCAUGAUGGAUCUGCGUAGAUACCCGCUGGAUGAGCAGAACUGCACCUUGGAGAUUGAGAGCUAUGGAUACACAACUGAUGACAUUGAGUUCUACUGGCAGGGAGGAAGCAACGGAGGCUCAGUCACUGGGGUGGAAAACAUUGAACUGCCCCAGUUCUCCAUCAUAGACUACCAAACCCUCUCCAAAAAAGCUGUGUUUGCCACAGGCUCCUAUCCACGUCUGUCCCUGAGUUUUAAGCUGAAGAGGAACAUUGGCUAUUUCAUCCUGCAAACGUAUAUGCCCUCCAUCCUGAUCACAAUCCUGUCCUGGGUCUCCUUCUGGAUCAACUAUGACGCCUCUGCUGCCAGAGUAGCCUUAGGUAUAACCACGGUGCUGACAAUGACCACUAUCAAUACCCACCUAAGGGAGACUCUGCCAAAGAUCCCCUAUGUCAAGGCCAUUGACAUUUACCUCAUGGGUUGCUUUGUCUUUGUCUUUCUGGCCUUGCUGGAGUAUGCCUUUGUCAACUACAUCUUCUUUGGCCGUGGUCCUCACCUGCAGAAGAAAGUAGCAGAAAAGGCUGCCAAGUCCAACAAUGAAAAUAAGGGCAGACUGGAGAGCAACAAAGUACAGGUUGAUGCUCAUGGCAACAUCCUCCUGACCAACCUAACCAGUGAGAUGGGUGGAGCAGAUAUGAUGGGCGCUCUCAACGACCCUCGGGCAACCAUGUUCUCUUAUGAUAGUGCCAGCAUACAGUACCGCAAGCCCAUGACCAGCCGAGACCUCUAUGGAAGACCGGCCAUCGACCGGCCAAUGGGCCAUAAGAAGGGCCGCUUGAGGAGAAGGGCCUCACAGCUCAAAGUCAAGAUCCCCGACCUCACAGAUGUCAACGCCAUAGAUAAGUGGUCCCGUGUCGUAUUCCCAAUCACAUUCACCUUCUUCAACCUGGUCUACUGGCUUUACUAUGUCCACUAGUGCAGCAAUAGUUAACUUGUGUGGCAAUGCCACUGCUAGUGAUUUGUUACAAAAGCAACCUAGGUCUUGUACAGCAGUGAAAAUAGAGGUGUGUUCGGACUGCAUAUAUAAAUCCUGUUUUUGAAGGAUUAGUACUGGAUGUCUCUAUGAUGUAAAUACAAAUAUAAAUACACACACACACACACACACACACACACACAUGUGUGUGUACAUAUAUAAAAUAGAGGUAUAAUUUAUUAAAAAUUCACUUAUCACUUUUACUGUACUCAUCCAUACAAAAUAGAUAUAGCUACAAAUAAUAAGACACUGUAGAGGUAUGGUAUUCCAAACUCACCAAAAUGACUUUUUUGCAACCUCAACAUUAUGGGCAAUGAUAUUUCAUUUGUUCUAUCUUUUUCUUACCUUCUGUUAUCUCACUUUUUGCAUGUGAAUGGAACACAACUUUUAUUUGCUAUUAAGGCAAAAAAAGAAGAAAAAAAGAAAGAAAAAUCAAGAGACGCCGAAGUCCUGUGUAAAAACAGUGGAUAACUGAAACAGUUUUUACCUGAUCUCAUCCAGCUAAUAAACAGAAUACAUUUGAGUGAAUGCAUCUUAUUAAGGUAGUCCUCAUUUGGCUUAAGCUCAGUGCCCUGACUAUUUUUUGUGGAACUGGGUAAGUAUCAUAGUGUGAAAUCCCUCUCUGACAGCCAUCUGUAUGCUAAUAAACAUGUUGCAUUGCUUUUCAUGAAUGACAUGAUUUUGUUAGGAUUGUGCUGAGUGCAUGUGCAUUUACCCUGCUUUUGCACUGUAAAACAAAUUCAGUUUCCUUUCAUAUCUCUAAAAAAAGCUUUGCAUGGCUCCACUGGGCCCCAGUAUUAAAAUCAUUAUACUGUAUGCUUUUGAACAAUCAUUGACAAGCACAGGGCAGAUGUUAAUUGGGAUGUUAAUCUCUCAAAAAUAAAAUGUAGUCAGAUUUGUACCCACAAUAUUCUCACAGUGUCUGUGAGCAUGUACAAUGCAGUUUUCUUUAAAAGAAAUCAGGUAAAGAAUGACCAAUGAUGUCGCCAUGCUUCAAAACCACAUUCAAAAUGUGAAGCCCUGAUAAAACACGCACCUGGUGUUGAAAUGCCUUAUGCCAGUGUCCAUUGAAAAUUACAGGCUAUUAUUAAACAUUUUUUUCAGAUACCUGAUGUAAUACUGUACAAAAAUGUUAGAAUUGCAUAGAGGUCCAUUCGCCUCAGUGUGUUAAAAUAGUUGAAGGACAUGCAUUAGUGUUGAUCAGUUGAUCACAAUUUUUGUAGUUUCAGCCAUCACUUCUAUCAGUUACACUGACAUCAUGUUCACCGACUUAAAGGCUCAGAUCUGUGAACACAGCAACAAACACAGACAGGAAGAAAGUCAGUCCAUCAGACAGGUUGCAAACAAGCCAACUGUUACUGAGAUUAUCUAAAUCACACAGCGGUAAACAUGAAAGUGCAUGAAAUGCGGGGACAAAAUAAUCCGGUCAGUCUUUGGAAAUCUCUCUGUCUUUAGGAGUGUUCCCAUUUUCCACGAUAUUAUCACUGAUAGAAACGAUGGCCAGGACUACAAAGUUGUUAUAAGACCUAAACUGUAACAAACUACAAUUGUCCUUUAGUAGAAUAUAUGUAUAUUCAUGAAAAUAAUCAAAUAUACAGUAUAAUACCUUUUUUCUUCCUCAAAGGUUGCCCAGUUGAGUACAAAGUAUGGCAACUUGAUGGUUAGGACAAAUGCCUGUCUUAUCAGGGCUUUAAACAAAAACAGCAGUAAAACCAGAUAAGCUUCUACAGGAUACAAUAUAGUAGUGUGCUCUUUUCCCAUGGCUGAAUAUUGUGCCUUUACCAAGAAUCUCAAUAUUUCCACAGGGUGUAACUUAACUUCUAUCUAGUGAGUAGAAUUUAAAGCAAAUCAUCUUGUACUUUUUUAGAUUAAGAAGAACAAGGAGUACCAGAGACAGAAAUGGACACUUUAACAUCUUUUCUGAGGCUCUAACAUACAGUACCAUUAUCUAAGCGUAGAUUGUAGUAAGACAUUCCAGCAUUACAAUGACAAUCUUUUGAAUUCAGUGUCCUACAAGUCUCCCGCAAGGCUGGUGUCCAUGCUGUCAGUGUUGCUAUUUGUGGACAGAGCAGAGCGGACGGACAGGAGGUGAAGGGAAAAAAAAAAAAAAACAGCUUGCCUUUCUUCACAACAAAGGACCCAGAGCAGAUAUACUUAUGUUUUCUGUGGACAGAAGAGCUAAUGGAAGCCUUGAACAACUGGUUUUCCCACAGGCUGUGGAUGGGGAGGACAUGUGCUGGACUCUUAUUGUAUAAAAUUACUGUACAAUUUUUCUCUAAUGCUCUACAUGUGCUCUCAAGUGGAAUGAGAUGUGGGUGCGUAUGUCUUUCUGCUUGUAAGACACUGUGGAGGAAUGCUUGUGUGGAUAUUUGUGUGUGUGUGUGUGAGAGAGAGAGAGAGAGAGAUACAGAGAGUGAGCAUAUGUACACGAGUGAGAGGGAGAAAACACAAAAUACAAAUUCUUUGUUAACUUAUAGAGACUUCAGAGAAAACACUCUAAAUAAAACUUAACAUCUU